AUGUCGGCCCCUCUCAAGGCAGCGAUUCUUGUCGUAUCAACGACAGCGGCGAAGGAUCCCUCUACUGAUGCCGCCGAAGCCGCGCUCCGAGGUGUUUUUGAGCAGGAUGGCGGAGGCCGGUGGGAUGUCGUCGACACAAAGAUUGUAAGCGACGUCGCCACCCAGAUCCAACGGCAGAUUACCCUUUGGACCGACUCCGCGGAACCCGCCAACCUGGUUAUUACGACGGGUGGAACAGGUUUUGCCGUCGCCGACCACACUCCCGAAGCCGUCUCGGUACUCCUCCACAAACAAGCACCAGGGCUCGUCCACGGCAUGCUUGCAGCCUCACUCGCAGUCACCCCCUUUGCCAUGAUGUCACGCCCCGUCGCCGGUGUCAGGAACCAGACCGUCAUCAUCACCCUCCCCGGAUCUCCCAAGGGAGCAAGGGAGAAUCUCCAGGCAGUACUCAAAACACUCCCCCACGCCUGUCUCCAAGCCGCCGGCGUCGACUCGCGAGCCCUCCACUCAGGUGGCGUGAAGAAGCUCGAGCAAGAAGCCGGCGUCAGCGGGAGCUCCACCACCGCCACCCACCACCAUCACGACCACCACCACCACGGUCACAACCACAGGCACAACCACACCCACUCCCACCCCCCCCUCACCCGACACACCGCCACCUUCGACCACUCCCCCCAAUCCAACGACCCAACCCUGGGUCCUUCCCGCCGCCACCGCGCCUCGCCCUACCCCAUGGUCCCCGUCGAAGACGCACUCACCCUCAUCGCCACCCAUACCCCCCCACCCACAACCACCACCGCCCGCGUCACCCCCUCCCUCACCGGCUCCGUGCUCGCGGCCGACGUGCACGCGGCCGAGCCCGUGCCGGCCUUCCGCGCGAGCAUCGUCGACGGGUACGCCGUGGUCGGCGAGGGCGACAUGUCGGGCGUGUAUCCCGUCGUGGCCGUGUCGCACGCCACCGCGGCUAGCGAAGGGGAGGACGGCGACGCUGUGCUCAAGGUAGGCGAGGUGGCGCGCAUUACCACGGGGGCGCCGCUGCCGCGCGGCGCGACGGCCGUGGUGAUGGUGGAGGAUACGGUGCUGGUGUCGGCUACGGAGGCCGGGGAGGAGAAGGAGGUGCGGAUUUUGGCGCCCGGGGUGAGGGAGGGGCAGAAUGUGAGGGAGGUGGGGAGUGAUGUGGAGGAGGGGGUGAGGAUAUUUGGGAAGGGGGAUGAGGUUUCUGCUGUUGGGGGUGAGGUGGGCCUGUUGGCGUCGGUGGGGGUGAGGGAGGUGCAGGUGUAUAGGAGGCCGGUUGUCGGGGUGCUGUCGACGGGGGAUGAGAUCGUGGAGCAUGAUCGGGAGGGGGCGCUGCGGUUGGGGGAGGUGAGGGAUACGAACCGGCCAGGGCUGAUCGCGGCGGCGAGGGAGUGGGGAUAUGAGGUUGUUGAUCUGGGGAUUGCGAGUGACCAGGCCGGGUCCCUGGAGGAGGUCUUACGGGAUGGGCUGCGCAAGGUGGACCUGGUUAUCACCACCGGCGGGGUUUCCAUGGGGGAGCUCGACUUGCUCAAGCCCACCAUCGAGCGGUCACUGGGCGGGACUAUCCAUUUCGGGCGGGUUGCGAUGAAGCCCGGGAAGCCGACAACGUUUGCCACCGUGCCCGUGAAAAACAACGCCGGCGAGAGGGUGUCCAGAGUCAUCUUCUCGCUGCCUGGCAACCCGGCGUCGGCGCUAGUGACCUUCCACCUGUUUGUGCUCCCGUCUCUGCGGCAGAUGUCGGGCAUCGCGCCAGCGGGGCUACCGCGAGUACCUGUGAUCCUGUCUCACGAUUUUUCGUUGGACAAAUCCCGACCCGAGUAUCACCGCGCAAUUGUCUCGGUUGGGAGCGAUGGUGUGCUGUCCGCCACGAGUACAGGAGGCCAAAGGAGUUCAAGAGUUGGCAGUCUGAAGGGGGCCAACGCCUUGCUCUGCAUGCCCAGCGGGCCAGAGCCCCUGCGUAAGGGAGCCAGGGUGGAAGCACUGCUAAUGGGAAGCCUACGAACCAACGUAUAA